AUGUCGUACAACGCGGAUGAUUGUCCCGAUAGCGCAUCCUCGCCGAUGGGGGAAGCAACCGGCGACGGCGUGACGACGAUGGCGACGGCGGAGUUAAAUUGCGCGACGCCUACUUCGCCCGGGAUGACACGACAAAAUGCCAUCAUCGGGGACGGCGGCGGCGAGUCCAUCGACGGCGACGCCGGAUACGCGGAAACAACGGCGGCCGGUCCGCUGGCCGGCUACGAGCCAUGCGAUCCGCUAAUUAUCUUGAAUCUAUUUCAAUCCCUGUCCGCCACCACCAACUCGCUGGAGCUGCAGAUGAAAAUCAAUCUUCAUCUGAAGGCCCUCACGAGAUCUCCGUACGUUUUUCUGGUGCCAAUUCUCCACUCCAGCGAGGAAGGUCUCAUACAGGUCAUUAACGAUAACGUGCUCGAGAAGGAGAUUCGCUUUUCGAUUAAUUCGACACAUUUUCGCAGCGGCUCGCACCAUAAUGGAUACCCGUUCGUUAUAGAUGAUCUGAAUAAGGACUUUUCCGAGGUGAUCGAAAUGGUCGUCGGCAACAAGCACAACACACUGAUCUACGACAUUCUCGGCCCGAAGGUCAGCAAGCUGCAAUCGCAGACCUCGACCACGUCCGCCUCCUCGACGACGUCGCUGAACGAGCUGAACUACGCGUCCGUCCAGCAGCCGCACAACGGUACGCCAUUGGCACACCAGCAGCAGAUAGCGCUGUUCGUCUGCAUCGCCGGUGACGGCUCGUCCCGAUCGCGGUAUCAGUUCUACAUCGACGACACCUUCCGAUACGUGCUGGGGCACUUGGUGACGGCGUUCGAGCUGUACGAGGAGAAGCGAGUUCGGGAUCAGUGCCAAAAUCUGCUACAAGUGGCCCGCAGGUUGCUGGGCAAGAUAGGUGAUCUGGGCCAGCUGCUGCGGGGCGUGAUGACGGAGGCCAAGGAGCUGGCGGCCGCCGAACGGUGCUCUCUAUUUCUGCUCGACAAACACACCGGCGAGCUGGUCUCGAAGGUCUUCGAUGGUAAUGAGGCCUCCAAGGAGAUACGCAUCGAGAGUGGCAAAGGAAUCGCGGGCUACGUCGCACAAACGGGCAAACUGCUCAACAUCCGCAACGCGUACCAACAUCCGCUGUUCUACAAAGGGGUUGACGAGUCGACGGGCUUCAAAACGAGGAACAUUCUCUGCUUUCCCAUCUGCGACGAAGAGGGCGUCAUUGGGGUGGCCCAACUCUGUAACAAGCUAAAUGGAUUCCACUUCGACAAGUGCGACGAGGAGGUGGCGACCGCGUUCUCCGUCUACUGCGGCAUCAGUAUUAUGCACGCCCUGGUACACAAGCAGGUCCAGAAGGCGGAGGCCCGCUACAAGCUGUCCCAGGAGUUGUUGCUCUACCACAUGAAGGUACCGGACGCGGAGGUCAAUCACGCCCUGGAAGCGGUAAAGGAACCGGACCGGCAGCAGCAGGACGAGCAGUACCACGCAUUUCCACGGUUCGACUUCUGCCCGCGGGACGUGCGGGAUUACGCCCGGUCGGUGCAGCUGGCGAUGCGCAUGUUCUACGACCUGAACUUUGUCGGCAGCUUCAAGAUACACGAGUACAAGCUCGCCCGGUUCGUGCUGCUGGUGCAGAAGGGCUACCGGGACACGCCGUACCACAACUGGUGGCACGCGUUCUCCGUUGCACACUUUGCUUACUCGCUCAUGAAGAACCUUCGCCUGAUCGAACGAGGCAUUAUCACCAAAAUGCAGGGCUUCUCCUUUCUGAUUGCGGCCUUCUGUCACGAUCUCGAUCACCGGGGCAUCAGCAACUCGUACCAGACGCAAACGAGCAGCCCGCUGGCCCGGCUCUACAGCAGCGAGGGAAGCGUCAACGAGCGGCACCAUCUUUCGCAAGCCAUCUGCAUAUUGAACGACUCGAGCAGCAAAAUCCUCGACGGUCUAACGACGACCGAGUUCAAGGAGUGCAUCGACUAUCUGCGCGAGCUCAUCCUGGCGACCGAUCUGGCCAACCACUUCCGCAUCCUGCCCCGGUUGAAGAAGUUGCGGGCGGAAAAUUUGGCCGAGGGUGCCAAUCAACGGCUGCUGCUGUCCCUCAUGAUCACCUGCUGCGAUCUGAACGAUCAGAUUAAGUCCUGGAAAACGGUGCAACACGUAGCGCAUCUGGUGUACGCGGAGUUCUUUGCCGAGGGCGAUCUGGAGAGGCAGAUGGGUCUCCGGCCGAACGCGAUGAUGGAUCGCAAGAAAGCCUGCAUUCCGAUGCUGCAGAUCGAGUUUCUAACAACCGUCAUCCGGCCGACGUUCGAGAUACUGGUGCAGAUAUUCCCCGAGACGUCGUCGUUUCUCGACACGAUCGAUAGCAACCGGGCUCAGUGGGAGCAGGUACGCAAUGGUGCCGCACAAGGCAACGGGAACGGCAACGGCAUCAGCGAACCCUGCAAUGGAUGCAAUCCGACGGCCGAUUGCUGUGACUUUUCCUGCUGCACAAAGGUGAACGAGUAAACGCUGGUUGCAUCCAAGAGGGCAUAUGUUGGCAUAUCGCUGCCUACUCGAUGCAGGAAAAUGGGACUGUGCUAUGCUCGUUUCAUUUGUGUUUUCCUUUCCGCCAAAGAGGGAGAUGAAUACGAUAGCUUUUAUUUAUUGACAGUAUUGUUUUAGUACCGAAUUUCCAUUCUUUCCCUUCCUAAACCAUUAGAACCGUUCCCCUUCGCCAAGGGGGGACAUGAGUCCAGUUCUGGUGUCUCGAAAGUUUUCACCUACAAUUAGGCGGUAGCUUAAAGUAAGCAAAGCCUCCAUACGAUAGAUACACUCGCACAUUACAAACAAGUUCACACUUUGUUAUGAUUGUUUGCUGGCAAACAGAUCGUUUUUUACAGCUAGACACACUGAUAGACACUGCUGUAUACAACGUGUUACAGUUUUACCUUUAUUCCGUUUUUAAACUAGCAAAUGUAACGUUUAAUUGAGUGUACGACAAACUAGGAUGAAAGUCAGCAAACAAGGCGGAACGUCUGAAUGAUACCAAAGUCGAAUGAGCGUGUUGUGUGCUGGGUGCCGAUACGGGGUGAGAAGUAUGUAAUAAAAAUAAAAUGUAACUGCACACCACGACUGCACACGGAACAUUAUCUACCACUAGCAACAAGCGAGGGCAGUUAGGAAGGCUUAGCCGCAGCUGUACCGAGGCCGGGCAGUCCGGGUAGAACAGAUUUCUAAUAAUAUUUGCACUAGGUCGGUCUAGUGGCCGAUCGUGCCGUGACCGUUCAGUUCCAUUUGCUGUGUUGUAGGCCGGUGCAGAAGGCAGACAGGGGGUGCAGUUUGACAUUGUAGCCAAUAGAGAGGAAGAUAUGAGUAGAACAAACAAUUCGUGGAUAAAUGUAGAAUAAAGAAACACUCAU